CUGAAUAAUCGAUUAGAUUCGGGAACACAGAGGCAUGAGCAGCAAAUGACAAGCCCAGGAGCAUGUUUUUCUUCGUAAAUACGCUCAUGUUGGACAAUUUUCUGACUGCGACACAUUUGAUUUGCUAAGUGCUCGUGAAUAGUGAAACGCUAGCUACUGUCAGAAGAGACGCGCUCCUAAAGCUCUAAGUCACACCUCAUCACGCCCGUUGCGUUGGUUUUACCACUUGGUCUCCGCACUUUCUGCUCGUCCGCUGACAUGUAGGGUCGCCUCGGUCCGCCCUGCAGACGAUGCAGUAGGUAGCUCAUCAUUCCAAUCCAAGCCAUGAAAAAAUUCGCUCUUCUCCUCAAGCACCUCCUUCAAGUUCAUCACUCAUCACUUCACACUCUACUGACAGGCAGGGUGUAAAACGAACACCUGGAGAGCAGCUGCGAUUCAUCGGGCAGCUAACAGGCUACUCCACUGUAAAAUGGAGGAUAGCUUCGACUGCGACUGCGGUGAGCUUGAGCCACCUGAUCACUGAAGGGAGAAUCUUCAUUUAAGAGUAACUGCCACUGGACUUCAGAUUCCUGAACGGGCGGUGUGUAAACAGUAGAACAGUAGCGCUCUUGUGCUCAGUGGCACGGAAGAAUGAAGAUGCUGCUCAGGACCAGUCAAACACUGAAUGUAUCUGCACUGUGAGGAUGAUAUUAACCAGCUUUUAUAUGUUCUCUUUUGUUCAAAACAUUUUCAUCAGCGUGAGUUCAUUCCGGUGUGUUUUUUGAAAUACGAUUUACAAUAUAAUAAGUAAAAAAUUUUAAUUUCAAAAAGGAAUCCGAAAACUGAAAAUUUUGAGUGAUGAGAAAAUACUCUGGAUACAUAUCAAAAAGAUCAAUCUGUUUUUCCAUGGGAAAUCUCUGAGGGCUAUACAGGGUGGAACUCAACAGGCCAGUGGCUGUCUCAUAAAACAAGACUUCUGCAGUUAGUGGCUUCCAUUUUUUUUCGCCCUUGUUAUUCAAAAAUGCAAUUCUAGCCCUUAACUGGAUGCAUAAAUACUGUCACAAGUAGACAAACAUAGUUAUUUUGAGUAAAAUGGCGGAAAAGUUUGAAAGUUUGAUGAACAUUCACGGCUUUGAUCUGGGGCCCCGUUACAUGGACCUCAAACCUUUGGGCUAUGGCGGCAAUGGUCUGGUCUUCUCUGCUGUGGACAAAGACUGCGACAAGAGGGUUGCUGUCAAGAAGAUUGUCCUCACGGACCCGCAGAGCGUGAAGCACGCCUUAAGGGAGAUCAAAAUAAUUAGGCGCCUGGACCAUGACAACAUCGUGAAGGUGUUCGAGACCCUCGGGCCCAAUGGCAGGCAGUUGACAGAGGACGUGAGCUCACUGACGGAGGUCAACUCUGUCUACAUCGUGCAGGAGUACAUGGAGACAGACCUAUGCCAGCUGCUGGAGCAGGGGAUGUUGUCCGAAGGCCAUGCCCGCCUCUUUAUGUACCAGCUGCUGAGGGGCCUCAAGUAUAUCCACUCCGCCAAUGUCCUACACCGGGACCUCAAACCCGCCAACCUCUUCGUCAACACAGAGGACCUGGUGCUGAAGAUCGGAGACUUUGGGCUUGCACGCAUUAUGGACCCCCACUAUUCACACAAGGGGCAUCUUUCCGAAGGACUGGUCACAAAGUGGUACAGAUCUCCCCGCCUUCUGUUGUCACCCAAUAAUUAUACCAAAGCCAUUGACAUGUGGGCAGCUGGCUGCAUUUUUGCUGAGAUGCUGACGGGAAAAACUCUUUUUGCAGGUGCCCAUGAGCUGGAGCAGAUGCAGCUGAUCCUGCAGUCCAUACCCGUGAUCCACGAGGAGGACCGGCAGGAGCUACAGAGUGUCGUUCCAGUCUUUGUUAGGAAGGACAUGUCAAAGCCACAGACCCCAUUGGCCAAGCUUCUCCCUGGGGUCAGCGAAGAGGCUCUUGAUUUCCUGAGGGAAAUCCUGACAUUCAACCCUAUGGACCGCCUGACUGCUGAAGAGGCAUUAGCCCACCCAUACAUGAGUGACUACUCUUUCCCUCUGGAUGAGCCCAUUUCCAGUCACCCCUUCCAUAUUGAAGAUGAAGUUGAUGACAUCCUGCUGAUGGAUGAGAGCUACAGUCAUGUGUACAACAACUGGGACAGAUAUCACGACAGCCAGUAUUCAGACCAAGACUGGAAUCUUUAUAGUACCCACGAAGCAGAUAAUGUUCAGCUAGAUCCCCGAGCUAUAUCAGAGGGUACUGAUGAAGAGGUGGUUCAGGUAGACCCUCGAAAGUACCUGGAUGGAGACCGGGAGAAGUUGCUGGAGGAUCCAGUUUUUGGCUCCUUUUUUCCCUCUGAACUCUCCUGGCAACUUGAAGACCACCACGAGAACAAGUAUUGUGAACUGGAAUGUAGUCAUACGUGCAACUAUAAAACCGUCUCCCCCUUAUACCUGGACAACCUGGUCUGGGGAGACAGUGAGGUCAACCACUAUUAUGAGCCCAAGCUCAUCAUCGACCUGUCCAACUGGAAAGAACAGAGCAAGGAGAAGGCAGACAAAAAAGGCAAGUCCAAGUGUGAGAAGAAUGGCCUGGUCAAGGCCCAGAUUGCACUGGAAGAAGCCUCCCAGAAUACAUCUGAAAAAGACAAGGAGCAGGAGAAAAACCAGGGCUUUGAUUUUGACUCCUUCAUUGCCAGCACCAUCAAGCUUAGCCUCCAGCCAGAGCACAGUGAGGUUGGCUUCCUCAACGAACUGAACAGUUCGGUCUCCCAGCUAGAGAUCAAGAGCUCCGUUCCAAAGUCUAUCAGUCAGGAGAAGGAGGAGAAGUGCAUAGUGAACUUGGCCCAGCUAGAAGGUAGGGCACCCAACCCCUGGGAGUGCUUCAGCCCCCUGGGUGUCUCUAGUGAAGAAAGUGGCCUGAUUGACGAGGUAUGCUGGGAUGUGAGGAAAGAUGAGCAAGUGCAAAAGGAAACUACCUACACCAGCUAUUUGGACAAGCUCUUCAGUAAGAGGGAGGAGAUACUGGAAGUGAUGGACCCAGAGCCAGUAGUGGAGAUAAAGGAGAUGGAUGAGGGCUUCCUGACCAGAAAUGGAGAGCUCAUGUUUAACAUGCAGUUUGAGUCCCUGGCCCUCCCUCAAUUUGACACCUCUGCCGAUUCACCCCUUAAGUCCAUACAGGCCACAUUGGCACCCCCAGCUGUAAAAUGUUCUCCUAAAAUUGCCCACAAAACAUACAGCAGCAUUUUAAAACAUUUGAAUUAAAGGCCCAAUGUAAAAAUGUUAGUAUUCAUGU